GUCCGGCGGCGGGUCCCACCGCAAGCGGGCGUGUGCAGCUGCGGCUGCCUGGCGGGCGAGCUUAGGAGAGGGCUGGAGCUGCGGGGCGGCGGGAGCAGGAGCAGGCCGAGGGUCCUCUGGCCAGAAGAAAUCUGGGCUCGGAACACGCCAUUCCCCGCGCCGCUUCCAAUAACCACUAACAUCCCUAACGAGCAUCCGAGCCGAGGGCUCUGCUCGGAAAUCGUCCUGGCCCAACUCGGCCCUUCGAGCUCUCGAAGAUUACCGCAUCUAUUUUUUUUUCUUUUUGUUUGUUUGGUUUUUUUUUUCCUAGCGCAGAUAAAGUGCGCCCGGAAAGGGAAGGAGGGGGCGGGGACACCAUUCCCCCGAAAGAAUAAAUAAUUAAAUAAACAAACUGGCUUCUCGCCGCAGCUGGACGCGGUCGGUUGAGUCCAGGUUGGGUCGGACCUGAACCCCUAAAAGCGGAACCACCUCCCGCCCUCGCCAUCCCAGAGCUGAGUCGCCGGCGGCGGUGGCGGCUGCCAGACCCGGAGUUUCCUCUUUCGCUGGAUGGAGCUGAACUUUGGGCGGCCAGAACAGCACAGCUGUCCGGGAAUCGCUGCAUGCUGAGCUCCCUCGGCAAGACCCAGCGGCGGCUCGGGAUUUUUUUGGGGGGGCGGGGACCAGCCCCGCGCCGUCACCAUGUUCCUGGCGACCCUGUACUUCGCGCUGCCGCUCUUGGACUUGCUCCUGUCUGCGGAAGUGAGCGGCGGAGACCGCCUGGAUUGCGUGAAAGCCAGUGAUCAGUGCCUGAAGGAGCAGAGCUGCAGCACCAAGUACCGCACGCUGAGGCAGUGCGUGGCGGGCAAGGAGACCAACUUCAGCCUGGCAUCCGGCCUAGAGGCCAAGGAUGAGUGCCGCAGCGCCAUGGAGGCCCUGAAGCAGAAGUCGCUCUACAACUGCCGCUGCAAGCGGGGUAUGAAGAAGGAGAAGAACUGCCUGCGCAUUUACUGGAGCAUGUACCAGAGCCUGCAGGGAAAUGAUCUGUUGGAGGAUUCCCCAUAUGAACCAGUUAACAGCAGAUUGUCAGAUAUAUUCCGGGUGGUCCCAUUCAUAUCAGAUGUUUUUCAGCAAGUGGAGCACAUUCCCAAAGGGAACAACUGCCUGGAUGCAGCCAAGGCCUGCAACCUCGACGACAUUUGCAAGAAGUACAGGUCGGCGUACAUCACCCCGUGCACCACCAGUGUGUCCAACGAUGUCUGCAACCGCCGCAAGUGCCACAAGGCCCUCCGGCAGUUCUUUGACAAGGUCCCGGCCAAGCACAGCUACGGAAUGCUCUUCUGCUCCUGCCGGGACAUCGCCUGCACAGAGCGGAGGCGACAGACCAUCGUGCCUGUGUGCUCCUAUGAAGAGAGGGAGAAGCCCAACUGUUUGAAUUUGCAGGACUCCUGCAAGACGAAUUACAUCUGCAGAUCUCGCCUUGCGGAUUUUUUUACCAACUGCCAGCCAGAGUCAAGGUCUGUCAGCAGCUGUCUAAAGGAAAACUACGCCGACUGCCUCCUCGCCUAUUCGGGCCUUAUUGGCACAGUCAUGACCCCCAACUACAUAGACUCCAGUAGCCUCAGUGUGGCCCCAUGGUGUGACUGCAGCAACAGUGGGAACGACCUAGAAGAGUGCUUGAAAUUUUUGAAUUUCUUCAAGGACAAUACGUGUCUUAAAAAUGCAAUUCAAGCCUUUGGCAAUGGCUCCGAUGUGACCGUGUGGCAGCCAGCCCUCCCAGUACAGACCACCACUGCCACUACCACCACUGCCCUCCGGGUUAAGAACAAGCCCCUGGGGCCAGCAGGGUCUGAGAAUGAAAUUCCCGCUCAUGUUUUGCCACCGUGUGCAAAUUUACAGGCACAGAAGCUGAAAUCCAAUGUGUCGGGCAAUACACACCUCUGUAUUUCCAAUGGUAAUUAUGAAAAAGAAGGUCUCGGUGCUUCCAGCCACAUAACCACAAAAUCAAUGGCUGCUCCUCCAAGCUGUGGUCUGAGCCCGCUGCUGGUUCUGGUGGUAACCGCUCUGUCCACCCUAUUAUCUUUAUCUUUAGCAGAAACAUCAUAGCUGCAUUAAAAAAAAUAUGAUAUGGACAUGUAAAAAGACAAAAACCAAGUUAUCUGUUUCCUGUUCUCUUGUAUAGCUGAAAUUCCAGUUUUAGGAGCUCAGUUGAGAAACAGUUCCAUUCAACUGGAACAUUUUUUUUUUUCUUUUAAGAAAGCUUCUUGUGAUCCUUCGGGGCUUCUGUGAAAAACCUGAUGCAGUGCUCCAUUCCAAACUCAGAAGGCUUUGGGAUAUGCUGUAUUUUAAAGGGACAGUUUGUAAAUUGGGCUGUAAAGCAAACUGGGGCUGCGUUUUCGAUGAUGAUGAUAAUGAUUUUAACAGUUUUACUUCUGGCCUUUCCUAGCUAGAGAAGGAGUUAAUAUUUCUAAGGUAACUCCCAUAUCUCCUCUAAUGACAUUGAUUUCUAAUGAUAUAAAUUUCAGCCUACACUGAUGCCAAGCUUUCUUGCCACAAAGAAGAUUCUUACCAAGAGUGGGCUUUGUGGAAACAGCUGGUACUGGUGUUCACCUUUCUAUAUGUACUAGCAUUUUCCACGCUGAUGUUUAUGUACUGUAAACAGUUCUGCACUCUUGUACAAAAGAAAAAACACCCGUCACAUCCAAAUAUAGUAUCUGUCUUUCAGUCAAAAUAGAGAGUGGGGAAUGAGUGUGCCAAAUCAGUACCUCAAUCCCUGAACGACUCUCUCCUAAUCCUAAGCCUUACCUGAGUGAGAAGCCCUUUGCCUAACAAGAGUCCAAUAUAGCUGAAACAUCGCUCUAAUACUCUUUACACAUAUGAGGUUAUAUGUAGAAAAAAAUUUUACUACUAAAUGAUUUCAACUAUUGGCUUUCUAUAUUUUGAAAGUAAUGAUAUUGUCUCAUUUUUUUACUGAUGGUUUAAUACAAAAUACACAGAGCUUGUUUCCCCUCAUAAGUAGUGUUCGCUCCGAUAUGAACUUCACAAAUACAGCUCUUCAAAAGCAGACUCUGAGAAGCCUCGUGCUGUAGCAGAAAGUUCUGCAUCACGUGACCGUGGACAGGCAGGAGGAAGCAUUAGCAGACAAGCAUUGUCUUUUAUCAUUGCUCGAAGUGCAAGCGUGCAUACCUGUGGAGGGCAUCGGUGCCUGCUUGUAAAUGUUCUGCAGCAUGUCAUGGCACUCUUGUCAUGACACAAUCCAGUACCUUGGUUUUCAGGUUAUCUGACAAAGACAGUUUUGAUUGGGACACGGUGGCAUGGGCAGGUUUCCAUGCUGGGAUGCACAGUUCUUUUCCUAAGGAUUGUGUUUACUCCUGACUGCAAUGUCUUGGCCACUGUUUGGGGCAGUUUGGUCUGAAGGUCAUCAAGGAUCUGCCUGCAUCUUGUUUCAUGUCCUCCGUGACAGACUGCAGACCAUGUUAGAAAAGAAGGAAGGUUUGUGGAUCAAGAGGGUUGACAUUAGGUUUGGUGAGAUGAGUUGGUUGGCACAGAUCAGCAGAACAGGACCCUGGUGAUAAGGCAUCUGGCUUUGCUAACCACAUAUCAUCUUCCAUUAUUCUCUUUCUUAACUAAGUAGAUCCGAAAGUGCACUUUUGAAGUUUGGUUUAGAUGGCGAGAUUCCGAAUCUACAACGAUCGUGUACUGGUGGCCACUGUUCUCCAACAUUAAGUAAAGAGGAGGCGAUUCCACCUUGAGAAAGUGCUGGGGAGCAUUGGCUUUCUUCCCACAUUGGUAGAAGAGAUGGAGGAGGAAACCAGGGUGCACAUUUCUACAGAUCCCCUUUGCCUGCUGGUAUUAGCCUUGUAAGAUAAGUCACUGGGGGGAAGGGGAAAUCUAUGAAAUCCAAGAUAAAGGCAUAGUCUUUCAGCUCUAUUGGUGUUCAAAGUACAUUUGUGUCCAAAUGUUAAUCAACACCAAUGUACAGUACUCAGUACUGACUUUUUUCACUUCAAAAUGUUUUCAAGGGAAAUUCAGCAGACACCCAACUGUAUUUAAUUAGUGAAAAGUUCUAUAAAGACUCUUACUUUGAAUAAACACAUUAAAUGUGUCAAAAUAUUUGGAAUGCCAGUUAUCUGUGAGCACAUAUGUCUUACAGAGUAUAUUUUGUUUCCAUUAAGGUAUCUCUGUAUAUCUACACUGGACUAAUUGCAUAGGGAUCUGAUUCUAUGUGAUCUGCUAUAGAAAGCUAUUGAUGACUUCUGCAGUAACAGCAGCUCUAAUUAGCUUCAGAUGACCAAAGAGGAAAUGGGAGUUUCAGUGCUAACAAGGGCAGCCUUCAUUGAAGAAUGCAUGGGUAGGCAAUAUAUAAAUUAAAUUUUGAAAAGCCUCAUCUGUCACCAACAAAUAUCUCAUUUUUCUUCAGUGAUAAAAGCAUAUUCAAGUUACCAAGUCCUCAAUUUGAAAAUCGGUUGCUGAUUAAAUAAAUAGGGGGAAGCAUCUUGUUCAGGGACAACACGUUGGAGAGAUUCUUAUCAAAGCAAGCCAAGCAAGGUUUCUGCCAUUCAGUGUGAUCUUAGUUUGACACGGUGACCCUAAAACACCAUCAUUUGCCCCAUAACUGGAGCACAAUGAUUUAAAUCAUUUACCUGACUCAUUUAUUCUUGGCGUGCUUAAAAGCAAAAAUGAUUCACUACUUCCUGUCCUUCAGUCCGGGCAUUUGGGGUGCCACUGAAGACAGGGGUUAUCUGCCGAGGUUUGGGUGUCUUGCGGGAAGUAUAACAUUGCAGUUGAUUUUGAUGAAACCAAACAGUAACUAGGGUCCUUGCAGACCAUGACUCCCUCAUUACAUCUAGCCAUGCCCUACUUAUUUCAGAGAGAAAUAGAGGGGGAAUAAAGGCAGUAUUGCCACACUGAUUAGAAGCACAUUCAUUUCAUUCCACUUUGAUGUUGAAUAUUUUUGACUGAUAUAUGCCUGAGUGUCUUUUUAAUAGAGCACAUGAAGGAAGAAGUGCACAACAAUAUAGAGAAGGAAUUGAGAAUGCCAAUUACAUAUUUAUUUUUCCAUACUUGAUUUUUUUCAAGUCUGUAAUAAAAAAAGUGUAAGUUGAGAUUAACAUAGGUUAUUUUUCAUGAAGUAUAGCAAACGAUCUAGUGAUAGGAGUGUGGUUUCCAUUUCUGUUUUUUUUUUUUUUUUAACACCCUUUUGUGCUGUAGUAAGAAUGUCUUAGAAGUUGUGUCUUCGAGUUCCUCAGACACCGGACAGGGCUCCCCCAGAGCUGCCCCAGCCUUUGAUUUGGUCCAUAUUCAGACACUUCCUAUCUUGCACACACUCUGAGGAUAGGCCGCUUCUAGCUGUCGCCCAUCUCCCUCUUGUCUCUAAAUCAGACGCUCCCAAGCACGCCAUCUGCUGUACUAGGAGAGUGGGAGAGCCAAAGCAUUUUGGAGUCCAUGUUAAGUGCCUGGGAAAAGAGAUGUAAGAGCAGUGGGAGUUUAUAUAAUUAGCAAAUUCUUUUCUCAGAAUUCUGUUAUUAUUUACAAAAUUGUGGCCUCAAAGGAGCUGUCUUUUGGAAAAUAAGUUUUCAUUCAUGCAGUUAGACAUGCACGAUGUAUUUGAAUCAAUAAACUGUGGACCAGAAAA